AUGGCCACCAGCGCCUUGAAAUCCUUGGCGCGGACUCGUCCCGGACGUGGCCAUGACGCGGUGCAACUGCUGGGUUUGAUGCUGCAGAGCAGGGUGGAGACCAACGUGGCGCAUUUUUCCGCAGGCUUUGGUGCCUGUCAGAGCUGGGAUUUGGUAUUGGCAAUCCUGGAAAUGAUGCAGCAGGCCAAAGUGUCGCUGGAUGCCAUGGGGCUUGGUUCCGCGAUCCGUGCAUGUCGCAGAUCACCUGGACCCUGGCAGGUGGCAGUCAGCUUGUUCGCUAGUGCGCAAGAUGCUGCAUGCCACCCAGAUGUCAUCGCGCACAACAAUCUGCUGGCCGUAUAUCAGCGGAAAGCAGCAUGGCAAAGUGCUACCCUUCUGCUGGAAGAGAUGACCACUGGAUUCCUUCGCCUCGAUGUGGUUGGCUACAGCUCCCUGCUGGCGCCCUGCAGCUGGCAGUGGCCUCUGCAGGUCCUGCAGGCCAUGCGCCACAGCAACCUGCGGCCCGAUGCCGUCAGCGUGGACGCCGCCAUCACGGCGGCGCGCAGCUGGAGGGUGGCGCUGGAGCUGAUGGAAAGCCUGGGAGAGCCGGAGAUGGCAACUCGGCGGGUGACUUAUGGCGCUGCUCUAGCCGCUGUGGACUGUUGGCGCAUGGCUUUGGCCCUCUUCCGCGAGGCUUCGGAGCGACGUUUGGUAGAUGGUCUGUCGCGCACGUCUUUGAUGGUGGCUUUGGGGGAGCAUGGAGAGUGGCAGAGGUGUUUGGAGCUGCUGGCGGUCUUUGAGCCCGAUAGGGUGUGCUACAACGCUUGCAUGAGUGCGUGCGAGAGAAGUAGCCAGUGGGAAGCUUCAUUGAUGAUGUUCUCAGAGAUGCUGCAAAGGGACAUCUUUGAUGCAGUGAGCGUGACAACCGUCAUCUCCUCUAUGUCCAGAGGUCAGCUGUGGCAGUUGGCACUGGCCACUUUUAUGAAGAUCGCCAGGGGUCCCAGAAGCUCCGCUUCUCUCAGCGACGAGUGCUCCACGGCGCUGAUGAGUGCCUUCGCACGUGGCGGACAAUGGCAGAGAGCGGGGCAGCUGAUGGAGGAAAUGAGGCACCUGAACAUAAAGGUGAGCACGGAGUGCUGCAACGCUGCCAUGAAGGCCUGUGGAGAGGCCGCACAUUGGCCAACAUCUUUGCUCCUCUUGGCAUCCAUGCAGUGGAGCGCAACACGUCGAAGCGUCAUCAGCCUGAACUCCGUCAUUGAUUCAUGCGCUCGAGGAAGCGAGUGGCAGUGGUCAGUGCUGCAGCUCACUCAAUCCAUUCAAGUGGAUGGGAUCAGUUUCAGCUCCAGCACGUCCUCCUUGGCGAAUUCCAAGCUUUGGAUGCGCGCUUUGGGGUUGUUGUGCACCAUGGCUUGCGGGGCCUUGAGGCCACACGAUGCCAUGUAUAAUUCAUUGACUGGUUCCUUGGAGAACUCUGGUCAAUGGCCUUUCGCAAGCUCACUUUUGGAAGAGAUGAUCUGCACGAGGGUGUUGGAUUGCAGUUCGCCCAUUUCGUAUGCUCUGGUGCUCACCAGGCUGAGCGAAUCUCCCAGAUGUUGGGCACGUUCUUUAGCCUUGGCAUCACGAAUGCCGACGCAAAAGAAGGAUGGUCGAUCCACCGUUGGAGCCAUAAGCCACAAGGCUUUGGUGACGGCUUGUGCGGCGGCUUUGGAGCAGGCGCCUGGCAAUGCCUCGACAUGGCGUUGGGCCGUGGAAGUCUUUGCUCCAAGUUCUGUGGCAGAUAUCCCUGCGACGGAGCAGUUGGCAAAUGGUCUGGGGCGUGUUUGGCAGCACAGAUCCAUGGUGCGAGUGAUGGGGGCAAUGCCCUUUGAUGACUUGCUUCUGCAGCUGCGAGACGCGCAGAAGUCCUGCUGA